AUUUAUCUUCUUGGAAAAUUUCACAAAAGUUUCCCUUCUCCUUCCCGAAUCACAACCGGAAAAACUAAAAAGAAAAAGGAAGAGAGGGAGGGCGGCAUCGUUACUUCUGUUUUUGAUGGCUUCAAUUCCAACCCCGACGCCUCGUAAUCUUUCUUUCCUUAGCCCCCAAUUUCCUUCCUUAAAUAGAUCGUUUUACCCUCCUUCUCCUUCUAGGUUUCCUGAUUCCACCCUCUGUCGCUGCUCCAAUAAUUCUUCCGAUAAUAAUCCCAUUAACUGGCGAUGGGACUCCGCCAUUCAAGACGUUAUCAAGAAUGCCAUCAAGCGAUUCGAUUCCUACAUGAACCCUUUCCGGAAAGACUCCACCACCGCCAAAGAUGCAUCCAACGACGGCGUUUCGGAUAAGCUGAGCCGUCGAAGAGACGAAGAGGACGAUUGGGAUUGGGAUUGGGAUCGCUGGAAAAAGCAUUUCGAACAAGUCGAUGAACAAGAACGCCUCCUUUCCCUUUUAAAGUUGCAGUUAAAUGAAGCUGUACGUAGGGAAGAUUAUGAGGGUGCAGCUAGGUUAAAGGUUGCAAUUGCUGCUGCUGCUACAAAUGACACUGUUGGCAGAGUCAUAUCCCUCUUAAAUAGAGCGGUAGUGGAAGAACGUUUCCAGGAUGCAGCAUUUUUACGAGAUAAUGCCGGUGCUGGAUUGGUGGGAUGGUGGGCUGGUCUUUCUGAUGAUACCCAAGAUCCUUAUGGUCUAAUUAUACGUAUAACUGCCGAGCAUGGCAGAUAUGUUGCUAGGAGUUUUAGUCCUAGGGAGCUUGCUACUGCAUCAGUCGGUGUACCGUUGUUUGAGAUCUUUCUUACUGUAAAUAAGAAAGGUGAAUACAAACAGCAGGCCGUGUACUUUGAAAGGAGUGUUUUCCGAGAUUCUUCUAUGGUGUCUUCCAAAACAUCAGGAGCCACCAGCCGCUCGAGUCCAUCAGGCUUCAGUGAAGACAAAAAUGAUCUUUUUGUUGCGAGUACUGAAGAUGAAGAAGAUGGUGAUGAUGAAGAUGAUGAUGGUGCAGAUGAUGGAUCUGAUAUGGGUGAGGGACUAACUGGUUUUCAAAAUAUAUUGCGAGAUAUGAUUCCUGGUGUAAAGGUCAAGGUCUUGAAAGUCACUGCACCAGGAAAAGGUGACCGAGAUUUUAUAUCUAAGUUGAUUGAGCAGAUAGUAGAUGAAGAAGAUGAAGAAAAAGAUGCUGGGGUAGAAAGUAUAGAAGUGGAUGAUGAAAUUAAGAGUGAAAGUGACCAAGAGAGAGAUCAAAUUAAGAUGGAUGCUGAUAGUGGAGUUAUUGAUAGUGAUAGGCCAGGUGAAAUUGCAGUUAAAGUUGUUGUCCAUGGUCUUGUACAAAAACUUUCUGGCAGUAUGCCUACAACAGAAUCACUUAGAGUGCCUGCUAAGCUACUGAAAAAGGAGCGCCUAACAUUUUCCUUUUCUAUAGAAAAAGACAUAAAUCAACUUGAUUCAAGUCGCAAGACAAGGGGUUCAUUGGACAGAAAAGCAAAGGUUCAAGGUCAACGCAACAUAGAGAACAUAAUGUUUGAUCUUGCUAAAUCUAUUGGUGGAGAGAAGAUACCUUUGAAGGUGCUUAAAGAUGUUGGUGAAUUAAUAAAUCUCACUCUCAGACAGGCUCAAAAUCAUCAACCUCUAUCUAGAUCAACAACUUUCCAUCGCAUUGAGACUGCAGCAUCACCAGAUCCUCUAGACGGAUUAUAUAUUGGUGCACAUGGGCUUUACACUUCAGAAGUCAUUCAUCUUAGGCGCAAAUUUGGUCAGUGGCAAGGGGAUAGUGGGACUAAGGAGCCUUCAGAUCUUGAAUUUUAUGAAUAUGUGGAAGCUGUUAAAUUAACUGGAGAUCCUUAUGUACCAGCUGGCCAGGUAGCAUUUCGAGCUAGAGUUGGUAAAAGAUAUCAGCUCCCACACAAAGGGAUAAUUCCUGAAGAAUUUGGAGUGGUUGCUCGAUAUAAGGGACAAGGGAGGCUUGCUGAGCCAGGCUUUCAAAAUCCUCGAUGGGUUGAUGGCGAGCUUGUUAUUCUUGAUGGAAAGUAUGUCAAAGGAGGGCCUGUUGUUGGAUUUUUAUAUUGGGCACCUGAAUAUCACUUCUUGGUGUUCUUCAAUCGACUAAGGCUUCAUUCAUAGUCUGUUUGUAUAUAACAUAUGGGCAUUCUUAUUAUUUGUUCAGAUAAAACGGGUUCAACACGAUACUUGUCACUGAAUAGUGGAGCAGCAAAGAAAGCAAGUGAUUUGAAGGCCCACCUGACUUAUUGUUUCUGCAGUAAACAUAUUGAUUCUAUGGAAGUGACCAUUGAACUUUGCAAGAUUCAGUGAAAAAACAUUCAGUCUUUCUGCUGCCUGGGUUCGUGAUAAGUCCUUUCCUUCAAUCCAUCUCGUAAUUUUAUCAUGUGUCCAUCAUUUCCCAAAUCAAGGCGUAUCUGAAUCAUCAUAGCAAUAGGUUCAGUUAUUGUAAAUUUUUACAAUUCUAACUACAUCCGAGGUCGUAGAUUGAAUUUGGACUUGCAAUAGUGAAAUACGCAAUGCUUUUGGAUGGCCUUAUUUUGUGAUGCAGCUAGCUGAUAAGCCUCAAAAUGAAUCCAUCUGUAAUUAUCUUCGUUUUUAUUUCC